UUUUAAAGUGACCCCCUUUUACAUUUCCUCACCAGUUGAACCUGCAGUGUUUUUUUUUAUUGUUAUUGUUCACCGGCUCUCCGAUGCCAAUCUUACCAGUUUAACCGGUGAACGUAACAAUAUAUUCUCUUAAAAAUGUUUUAAAAUGUUUCAUUCAUAUUUCAGAUAUAAGUGCACCCUGUACACUUGUGUUGGGGGAGCACAUAACAUCAGGAGGCACAUGGCUCAGUGCCACAAUUUUUUGAGCAAAAAGGCCCGGAAGCAAGUUUUGGAGGCGGCAGUAAAGCUCGCACCAAGUGACAAAUCUGAGACCAUGAAAUUUGCAGCCCCUCUGCCCAUGACCACCAUCCGAGGGAAGCUUGUCACUUGUGUGUUCUGUGACAAGGAGGUAAAAAGGCUAGACUCUCACCUGAGGUUCAUACACAAGCUUCAGGCGGAGGACGAAGCCUUCCAAGAGGCUGUAAGAGAACUCUGAGACGGAGGAGGAGGAGAAUGAAGCCUGGCCAGAGGAAGUGGAUGAUCCUGCCAGAAU